AUGUUCUUCAAUGACAGUUUCGAAGACUUUCACCUCGACAUCGUCGGUUUCCUCGCCAUUUUGGGUGAGGGUUCCGUGUCGGUGAACUACCAAGUCUCGACAUUAUCAGCCUUCACCUUUCUCCCACGCCUCUUGCCCGCACCCCAGGCGUUUAUGAGACCCUCGCGACCACUCCGUCUAGAUGAUGUUCCAGGUACCGUGCUGGGCAUCCACUCAGGAAAUUGCCGGCCUCACGUCUACCGCAUUCCCCACAUCAUACUUCCCGGGGAUGAAUCGAUGAAAAGCGACUCCGAUUACACGGUCCGCAAAUAUCGAAUCACGAUCAAUCCUGGAGGAGAUCCGAAAGAUGCAUUGAUCAAGGCUCAAGCCUUCAGCCUACUCUCCCUACUCGCCAUCAUCGGCUGUGCCAUGUCGAUCGCACUGCUUGGCCUCUCGAUCCAUUUCAAUGACGGAUGGGCGCUGAUAGCGACCAUUCUCCUCUCGUGCCUCUCAUCCCUUCUCGGUAUUAUGUGCAAAUGGUCCUUGAAGCUUGGAAAACGUGUGACUGGCCGAGACGAUAUCCCGACCGGUGACGUGAUAAUCUGCUACCCAAACGGUGCUUUCAUAAUCGUCGAGUGUGACGAAAGCGUCGCCCGACCGCUCUUCUUCGCCCCCGAACGAUGCAACUACCUUCUCUCGGGAACGUGGUAUCGCUCCCUCGCGCUCCUCGGAACAAUGAUGCUCAUGUUCGGGGUUAUUGCGCUCGGAAACUCGGGAGCACGCAUGCAAGUCGCCUUCGGUGCGUCGUAUCUUUUGCUCAAUGCUGCGUACUGGAUGGUUGCGGCCUUACCUGAGAGAUUACACUGGGAUUAUUCGGCGCUUCACAUUCAGGAAGUUGGGCCUGUUUCCCAGGCGCCUAGGGAGAAGCGGAGCUUCCGACAGGCGCUAUGGAAUGCGAUUAAAUUGACCGGGUCGACUAGGUGGGUGAAGACUGGACGUAUCGCACCGGAUACAGAGGCUUGGGAUUGCUGGUUGGGGCAAGCUCAACUUGCUGUUAACGGGGAGGAUGGGUUGAAUCCGGACACCUGGGAAUGGUCGGACAGAUUGGACGAUUGUCUCGGGUUGUUUAAUGAUAGACCACGGAAGCCCGUUCCUGAAGAAAGGGCUUGCACGGUUUAG